AUGUCAUUCAGAAAUUCUCCUGCUUUACAAUAGGAACGAACAAGAGGUAAUAGUUUGAAUUGCAAAUCAUAUUUAAGAAACACUUAAAAUUUAACUAAAGCUGAUUAGCUAACAUAUAUGUAGAAAUAAAAUAAUUCAAAAAAAACCUAAGAUUACUAAUUUCAAUUCAAAAAUUAAACCAAUAAUUAAGAUAACUAUUUAACCUUUCUGAAAUCAGGAAAAAAUGGCGAAUAAUUCUAGAAAACACAUUAAUUAAUCAAUCCAUAGAAUUUGAGAUAUUUGAGCCCAUCCAACAUAAAUACUGCCAAAAAUGAUUGUGAAUAGAAUAAUUUUUAAUAAUAAGAUAACUCAUUCUAAGAAAUAGCUGAUUUGAAAAUAAGAAAUGAUAAGACUAGAAUGUUCUAUUAAACAUAAAUUGCAGGUUUACAAAAUGUUUAAGAUUAGAUGAAAAUAGAAAACAUAAGUUUGUCUAAUACAAUUAAAAGCUUAUCAUAAUAGUUAAGUGAUGCCAGAUAUAUUAUUUAGAGAUUAUAUUCAUAAGUAGAUCUAAAUUAAUAAUAAGACACAUAAGAUAAUAAUAGUACUCAAGAAAACAAUUUAGUUUUUUAUGAAUAUUAAAAUUUCAUUUUAAGAUAGUUAAAUGAAUUAGAAUAACAAACACUUCAAUCUUUGGAAUUGAAAGAGGAGAAAAUGCUUAAAAUUAUGAAAAAGUUAAAUAAAAUAAAUCGGAAAUAGUAAAUAGAUGAAGAUUUAUUAAGCAGUGCUCGAUAAAUAGAUUCUAAAACUAUUAUUAAUGAACUAAAAUAGGAUAAAUAGAAUUUGUUAUAAAAAGUAAAGAAUUUAGAGAUUCAACUCAAAUAGGAAUAAAAGAAACCAAGCUAUGAACAAAAAUUAAAUCAAGCUCAACAAAUUGAAGAAUAAUUUAAUGAAUUCAAAAAAAAACAUUAAUAAAUUAUCUAUAAUUUAGAACAAGAAAAAAGUACUUCUCUUGAAAAGGAAUAAUUAAUAAAGAAGGAAGCAUAAUAAAAAAUAAAGAAAUUAGAAAGUCAACUUAUCGCUUUGAUGGAUGAAUUGGAAGGAAGAGAUUAAAUUAUCGAAUCACUUAAUUAAACUAUAAACCAAAAUAAAAAUUAAUCUUAAAAGCAACAAGAUGUACAAUAACUAAUUAAUAAAUUAAAAGAGAAUGAAUAAAUUUAGUAGGAUUUAAAUUAGCAAAUAUAAUUAAUGAAAAAGAAUAAUAAUACAAUAUUAAAUGAAUUAGAAAAUUCAAAAGUUGAAGUUUAGAAAAUUAGAAAAGAUUAUUCCACUUUGUAAGGUUAAUUUGAUUAUACUAAAUAAGAAAAUACUGAAUUAAUAAAAAAAAUUCAAUAUGUCAAUUAAUAGAAACAAUAAUCAAUAGAUUCACUCAAUGAUUAAUGGUAAAUCCACAAUGAAAAACUAUCUGAAUAACUAGCAAUCAAUGAGGAUAAAUAUGCAAAAUUAUCUAUCAAUUAUAAUUAAUUAUCAAAAUAAAAAUAAGACUUAGAAACUUAAUUAAAAUUAAAAGAAAAAGAACUUGAAAGUAAGUUGGAGGAAUUAACCGAAUUUGAAUAACUCUAACUUAGAGUUAAUAAAUAAAAUUAGACCAUUUAAAAUUUAGCAUAAUAAAACCAACAGUACGAAGCUACAUUAGUUAAAAAUAUAGAUGAAAAGAAACAAUUUGAAAAGUAAAUCUAAGAUUUGAUGGAGAAAUUAAAAGACUUAUCUUAAGAUAAUUUAAAUCAAUAAUUAUUAUCAGACAAGAUUGUGAAAUAUCAGCAAGAAAUAGAUAAAUUAAAUAAGCAGAAUUCUAGAUUAUUAAAUGAAAAGAAUGAGUUACAAGAAUCAAUAAAAAAUGAAAAAGAUAAAUCCGAUUUAUUAAUUUAGAAUUUGGAAAAAUUAGAAGAUUAAUUAGCUCUGGCCAACUAAGAAAUUGAAGAAUAAACUUAAAAAAUAACCAAAUAUCAAAAAGAAAAUUUGGAUUUAUUGAAAUAGAUGGACGAAUUAACUGCAAAGAAUAAGAAAUUACUUAAAGAAUAAAAUGAAGAAUGGGAGGAAUAAAAUAAUAAUCUAUUAUAAAAAUUAGCACUAAGUGAAAAUAAUUUACUAAAUUUGUAAUAAAAAAAUACUAACUAAGAAAGAAUAAUUGAAAAAUUGUAGGUUUUUGAAAUUGAGAAUUAAAAAAAGGAUGAUUAUAUCUUAAAUUUAAAAUAAUAAUUGGAUGAUCAAGGAUAAAUAAAUUAAUUUAAUCAAAAUACAUAGGAAAUAGUAGAUCUAUAAAAUUAAUUACUAGAUGUUAAUAAGGAAAAAGAACAGUUAUUGAAUGAUAAUAUCUAAUUGCAGAAUGAGUUUGGAAAUGAAAAACAAAUAUUGGAAAAUAAGGUAGAUGACUAAAGUAAAAAACUUGAAUAGUACGAAAAUGAGCUCUAAUAAUAUAAAACUAAUUAAUUAUAGUUUAAUGACAAAUUGAAAUAGGCAUAAAGGUAAUUAGUAGAAUUAUAAUCUGAGCUGCAGGAGGAAUAAAUAAAGUCUUUAUAAUUAUAGUCUUAAUUAUAGAGCAUUUCUGAGAACAAAAGUUCUUUAUAAUAAAAUUAAGAUUUACUGGAUAUAUUUGAAUCAUAAAUAUCACCAAGACAAUAAGCGACUGUUUAAUAAAUGACUGAAACUAUAUCAUAUACAGAAUCAGUUUAGCAAUAGGACUAAUUACAUUUAUUAAAACAACAAAUAUAGCAGCUAUAAGAAAUUAUCUAAGAAAAAGAUUUAGAAAUUAAUUAGGUUAUUUAAUAAAAAAAUGAAAUGGAAAGUAGUUUAGAUGUUGCAAUUGAAAAAAUGAAUAAUCAGGAGAAUCUAAUCCUGUAAUUAAAUUAAGAAAAUGGGAAGCUUAUUGAGGAAUAAAAAAGUGAAAUUAAUCAUUAGAAACAAAAGAUUUCAAGUUAAGAAAUGGUAAUAUAGAGUUUAUAAAGCCAAAUUGAAGAUUUGUAAUAAGAAUUACAGGGUUAUGAAAAUAAAUAAAAAGAAUAGGAAGACAAUAUAUAAAAGAAGAUUUUAGAAUAAAAUCAGGAAUAAUAAUUAAAAAAACUAAUUGCUGAAAAGGAUCAGGAGAUUUAAUCAUUGAGGGAGUAAUUGAAUAAAAUACAUGAGUAAUUUGACUAACUUUAAAAUAAAUCUGUCUUGAGUAACAGAUCUAAACGAAGCUUUCAAGUAGCUAAAUUUGAUCAAUUUAGAGAUAUAAAUGAAGAAGAGAAUAAUGAAGAACUUGAAGAUGAGGAUGAUUUGAAAUUUGAAAAUAUGAUUUUGAAAGAGUAAAUAAAUAAGAAGGAAGAUUUAAUUAAACAAUAAGAAUAAUAAAUCAAGUCAUUUAAUGAGCAAGAUAAUGAAAAAUCUUAACAAACAGAGAAGGAAAAAUAGUUAUUGUAAAAUUAAAAUGAACUAUUAUUAUAGGAAAUUGAUAAAAUGUAAAAGGAAAUGGAGAAAUUAAAGGAGGAAUAAAGAAGAAUGCUUGAAUAGUUUGAAUUACAAAUGAAUAAAUCUGUGAUUAGUAAUCGAUCAAAACGAAGUCAAAAUUAAAUCCAAUAUGAUUAGUUCCAAGAUCUUCCUGAUGAUAAUAGCUAAGGAUCAUAGGAUGAGGACGAAAAUGAAGAAUUAAACUUAUUUGUUUUGUAAAAGAAAACUUCAGAUCAGCAGAAAUAAAUCCAAAACCUACAGGAAACAAUCUAAAAAUUAAAGGAAGAAAAUAACUCUUUGUAGGAAGAAAUAAAUGUCUUAAAAAAUAAAAGUGUGCCCUUAAAGCCAAAUGUUGAAGAGAUAGAUUGGUUUGAUUGA